AUGAAGGCUACCAUCUCAGUGUGGAUUUUGGCAUUCUUGGUAAAGUUAUGCCAGUGUCUUCAAUGGAGGGAAUCCAUCUUCUUCUUGACGUACAACCACACUUUGAUAAAUCACAAGUAUGAAUGGAAGACUGUAUCUUCUCCAGUGUUCUGUGGGCGAGACUGCUCUUCUGAUCGACAGUGUGCCUCAUUCAACUACCACAUCAGUAACAAAUCUUGUGAGUUGAAUAACGCUACAAGAGAUCACAGUCCUGCUGACUUCAUCCAGCUGGAUGGAAGUGCCUACUAUGAUAUGACACGUAACCAGUACACCAGUUGCCAGAUGUGGUACACAGCUGGUCAUCGUGAUAAUGGCAUCUAUACCAUCUUUCCUGCUGGUCUGACUGAUGGCAUACGGGUCUACUGUGACAUGGAAACUGAUGAAGGAGGCUGGAUUGUGUUCCAGAGAAGACAAGACGGCUCUGUUGACUUCUACCGCGACUGGGCCACCUACCAAUCUGGCUUUGGCGAUCCAUCUGGUGAGUUCUGGCUCGGGAAUGACAUCCUGCAAGCCCUGACUAAGUCGGGCCAAUGGGAACUAAGAGUAGGCCUAACGGAUUGGGAGAACGGAACGGCUUGGGCGAGUUACAAAGAGUUUGCUGUAUCUGGUGACCUAUACACCCUUCACGUUGGUUCCUUCGAUGCCAACAGUCCUGCUGGUGAUGCUCUGGCGUGGCAUAAUGGACUAAACUUCACAACCAAGGACAGGGACAAUGACGUAUUUGAACAUCUUGAAUCUGCAAACUGCGCUGUCAGAGCUGGUGGGGCAUGGUGGUUCAAGGGAUGUCUUUCUUCGCACCUGAAUGGGAUAUACUACCAGCAAGGAGAGGAACCAGUUGCACAUGGGCUGCAAUGGCAAGAGUGGAAGAAAGACUGGUAUAGUAUGAAAAAGUGCUACAUGUCCAUGAAGGAACUCGUAUAA